CCGUGGGUGAAAUUGUGCAUCAAUGGCUGCAAAGUAAUUAUCCGAGUUGUCUAUCUCUUUCUCAUCGACGUCCUCCACCCUCUUCAGUUUGCAAAAUUGAUAAAUGAUGCAGAGAGCCACGAUGUGAAAACAGAGCGACUCAACUUAUCCUUAGAGUACCUCGCAGCCUAUCUCGAUGACAUUCUCGUCCUUGAACAGAAGUGGUCAAAAAUGAAGCGCCUUCCUGGAAUGGAUGCCAAACGUAUCACUGACCCCGAACCCAACGAACUACCCCUUCUGCUCAACCACCCACCUGGAAUGGCACUUACGGAGGUCGGCACAAACUAUGCGAGAUCAUGA